GGAGGCUGCAGACAGCUUCGGCCUGGGAAGGGGAGAGAACUGGGGAGGAUGUCCACACCCUGGACCGCAAGAGGGUCUGUGGGCUGUGAGUGGGGCCUCCUGACCUUGCGCUUUUCCAUCCUCUUCCAGAAUGGUCAUGCCAACCUUGCACAACUCUGUGAUCCUUGCGGCCUAUAUCAUCAUCUUCCUCACGGGGCUCCCGGCCAACCUCCUGGCCCUGCAGGCCUUCGUGGGGCGGGUGCGCCAGCCGCACCCUGCGCCCGUGCACAUCCUCCUGCUCAGCCUGACGCUGGCGGACCUCCUCCUGCUGCUUCUGCUGCCCUUCAAGAUGAUCGAGGCCGCCUCUAACUUCCACUGGGUCCUGCCCGAGAUCGUCUGUGCCCUCACGGGUUUUGGCUUCUACAGCAGCAUCUACUGCAGCACGUGGCUGCUGGCGGGCAUCAGCAUCGAGCGCUACCUGGGAGUGGCUUUCCCUGUGCAGUACAAGCUGUCCCGCCGGCCUGUGUAUGGACUGAUUGCUGCCGUGGUCGCCUGGGUCAUGUCCUUUGGCCACUGCACCAUUGUGAUCAUCGUUCAGUACUUGCACACACACCAGAACGCCACAAAUGUGAGUGACAUCACCUGCUAUGAGAACUUCAGCAACAAGCAGCUGCAAGUGGUGCUUCCUGUGAGGCUGGAGCUGUGCCUCUUUCUCUUCUUCAUUCCCAUGGCGGUCACCAUCUUCUGCUACUGGCGCUUCGUGUGGAUCAUGCUCACCCAGCCCCAUGUGGGGGCCCAGAGGCGGCGCCGAGCUGUGGGGCUGGCUGUGGUGACGCUCCUUAAUUUCCUGGUGUGCUUCGGGCCUUAUAAUGUAUCCCACCUGGUGGGGUUUUACACAAAGAAAAGUCCCCGGUGGCGGGCGGAAGCUGUGGUGUUAAGCUCCCUCAACGCCACUCUGGACCCCCUGCUUUUCUAUUUCUCAUCUUCAGCUGUGCGCAGAGCCUUUGGGAAAGGGCUGCGGGUUCUGCGGCACCAGGGCUCCUCCCUGCUGGGACGCAGGGGCAGAGAGACAGAUGCGACCAGGGGGGAUCAGGGCGUGAGUCAAGCAGAAGGAGCGCCGAGCUCUGACUUCACCACAGAGUAGGGAUGUCCCUGGACCUUCGGAGGCGCCCUGGGCUGCACACAAGCUGAUCAGGCUGGGAACAGGAGAGCGUGAGGACUUGGGGUCCUCAGACCCAGCCCAUUACUGGGACUGGAAAAACCUCUCUCACCAGCUCAGCAUCCUUUCCUGACUGAGUUUUCCUUCCCACAGGAGCAGGGCUCCAUGACAAAAGAAGCAAUGGUUAGGCAGAGAAACUCUAUCAGCCCAGAGUUUCAGGAACAUUGUAACGAUUGCAAAUUCCAUCCUUGUGAGGUGGUUCGUAGCUGGGGAUGAUCAGCCUCAAGUGGAAAGCCAUAAAGCUAUCUUGGCACAAGCUCUGAAACAGCACCUAGACACCAGUCUAGCUGCUGAUGCUGGAAAGAAGCCAAAGGGAAAGAGAUGGAAGAGAAAUACUAAAUGAGGUCAAAGAAGACUCAGGAAGAUUCUGAUCCAGGGGACACAGAGGGAGGACUGAAGGCUUAGACCUCUAAUGAUCUAGGUAUGCACUGUGGCUUUGUAAGUAUGUGCCCGUCAUCUUCGCCUGUGUAUCUUGUUUCCCCUAUUAAACUGGGAGCUGCUUGA